CCGCCGGCGGGGGGCAACAAGAAGGCGGACCAGAAGAAGAAGGAGAAGAUCAUCGAGGACAAAACCUUUGGUUUAAAGAAUAAGAAAGGUGCUAAGCAGCAGAAGUUUAUCAAGGCUGUGACUCAUCAAGUUAAAUUUGGGCAACAGAAUCCACGCCAGGCUGCUCAAGCUGAAAGUGAAAAAAAAUUAAAGAAAGAAGAUAAGAAGAAAGAACUACAGGAACUAAAUGAACUCUUCAAACCUGUAGUUGCUGCCCAGAAAAUUAGUAAAGGUGCAGACCCCAAAUCAGUAGUUUGUGCUUUCUUCAAGCAAGGACAGUGCACUAAAGGAGACAAGUGCAAGUUUUCUCAUGAUUUAUCUUUGGAAAGAAAGUGUGAAAAGCGAAGUGUUUACAUUGAUGCAAGAGAUGAAGACCUUGAAAAAGAUACGAUGGAUAAUUGGGAUGAGAAAAAGCUGGAAGAGGUAGUGAACAAGAAGCAUGGUGAGGCGGAAAAGAAAAAACCCAAAACUCAAAUAGUCUGCAAAUAUUUUCUUGAUGCUAUUGAAAACAAUAAGUAUGGAUGGUUUUGGGUUUGUCCUGGUGGAGGAGACAACUGUAUGUACCGCCAUGCUCUCCCUCCUGGUUUUGUACUGAAAAAAGACAAAAAGAAAGAAGAAAAGCAAGAAGAAAUUUCUUUAGAAGAUCUAAUAGAAAGAGAGCGUGCUGCCUUAGGACCAAAUGUUACCAAAAUCACCUUAGAGUCUUUUCUUGCGUGGAAGAAAAGAAAAAGACAAGAAAAGAUAGACAAGGCUGAGCAAGAUAUGGAAAGGAGAAAAGCAGACUUCAAAGCUGGCAAAGCACUUGUGAUCAGUGGACGUGAAGUGUUUGAAUUUCGGCCUGAAUUGGUUGAUGCAGAUGAUGAAGAAGCUGAUGACACCCAGUACUCUCAAGGACCCAGUGAAGAUGAGGUUGAGGAGCCUGAGAAGGUAAAUGAUAUAGAUUUGCACCUGUAUGUCCCAAAAGCUGUAGAUGAGACUGGUAUUACCGUGGCUAGUCCUGAGAGAUUCAGUAUGUACACUUCAGUAGAAAAAGACGAUACCAAGUUAAGUGAAGCUUCAGGAGGUGGGUUAGAGAAUGGGGAGCACGUUUAUUCAGAAGAGGACACUGAAGAAGAGGAAGAACAGGAAAAUGGAGUCAUUGAUGCUGUUCCUGUUGAUGAAAACCUUUUUACUGGAGAGGACUUGGAUGAACUAGAAGAAGAAUUAAACACUCUUGAUUUAGAGGAAUGAAGAAUAAGAAUUUGAAGUCCUUGUGACAAAGUGGAAGCUGACUACAUAUUUUCACCUAGAAUUCUUGAACAGGAUUUUUAGGGUUUCCCCAACUGAUGCUGAAAGGCACAUCAGACAUCAGGAUUAUUUCCUCCAGCCUCGUCUGCUGCAGUCUCGACUACACUUCACAGUAAAAUAUUCAGAGUAGUUCAGAAUUGAAUUGAGAGUGCUGACGUCACAGAAAAUGAGAUUGUUGUAAAUUUCAGCUAAAAGUAGGAGGUGUAACUGCUUUGCCAGUGUGCAAGUUUAAGAGGGAAUGUUGCUGCCAGGUACAAAAACAACAUUCUUCACCAGAACUGCAUCUUUUAAUAAGUAAUUAAGUUGAUUUAGAAACCACCUGAAUUAUUUGAGCAAUGUACUUUAAAUGGAGCUGUUUCAGAUUGAGAUGUCCAUGCUCCUAUAAGUGUUGGUUUGCUUUAUCUGAUCAGAUGGAUACCGAAGAUGCAAAUUUGUGAAAUGAUACAUCACCUCUGGUGCCCUCUGUUUAAAAUGUUUUAAACUUUCCCUUCACCUUUUGCCAACAAAAUUGUAAAUAAAGACUGUCCACUUUAAAAUCAU